AGGCAACUUCCGCGUUCCCACUGCGCCCUACCCUUCCCCUCACUGAUGCUCUCCUUGGCUGCUCCGCUCCCAGCUCCAAAACCCUAACCCCGGCGAGACAGCCCCGCAGCUGGGAGGGGUCCAGGAGCUCACCGCCGAGCUUCCGCAACACUCCGCCUCGUCCGCGUCGCCGGUUGCUGAUGCUGAUCAAAGCAUGAGCACCACUCCUGUUUCAAGUUUCAGGGGCCCAGCCUCUUUGCAGUUGCAGCCCCAGUCUAGUGCUUGUGCCGAAAUUUUAGCAAAUGUGGAUGGAUUCACUGCAAAAGCUGUGUCAGUAGACCCAAGCACAUUUUUUUCCCCGCAAGAUGCUAAUCAGGAAUAUUAUAAUCGAUCUUUACAGCACAGUUAUUCAGUUUCAAGGCAGGGAUUUGAAGACCAAGGUCUUCUAGGUAGUGCUCCAGAGUUUGGUCUGAAUAAGGAUUCUGCGGCACUGGGAGGAUAUCAACAAUUUGACCACCUUUGGGGGCCUUGUCAGCCUGGAGAGUAUGAAGGAAUGCAGAUGCAAACUAUCAGUGCAAAUAUCGCCCACCGGCAUAGACCUUCUAAUGCAUCAUGUCUUGAUCAUACAGAAGAAAUAACUUCAUAUGACAAUGAUGACAGAGCUCUCUCAUUUGGAAGUAGUUGUAGCACGGGAAUCGCAAGUUAUCCAUAUAGUACUCCAUUGCAAAGCAAUAACCACAUUUCGGACACACGGGAUGGGACUUGGGAUGCUCUUAUGCAAAUGCAAGAGGCUUUGGAAGUGUCUAACAGUGACAAUGGACUCAAUGAAGAGUGCAGUGACUUGACUUUCAAUCAUGCAGAACUUUCAGGAGGAAAUAUCAUGAAGCAUCAAGUUGUUUGGGACAGUGGCUCUCUGACAAGCCCAUCUUUCACCUCAAAUUUUUUCCCCUAUCCUGGUGAUUCUGAGACCACCCUCACAAAUACCUCCACUGUAUGUAGCUUUCAGAACUUUGCUGAUCUCCAACAUAAUAUGAAUAGCACUGAGCAAAACAGAUCAUCUUUUGAGCUUCAACUGCCCCAUCAGAAAGGGCCCACUGAAAGCCAUAUUUAUGAAAGCCGAGGUGAAAUGUAUCCUGCUGAAUGUGGAACAAAUCCUGGUCAUGUAGAAUCUUCUGGUUUUAUGCCAAGCACCGAGUACAGGCAAAAUGAUAGGUCACAACAACUGUCAAGUUCAUUUGUAAACAGUGCAGAUGGAUCUGUGGAUAAUAGCCCAAAAAAGUCACACCUCCUGUAUGAAAGUGAAGAGCAAAUGGAAAUUGAUUCGCUUCUAAAUUCAUUUGGUGUAUCAACUGAUUCCCUUUCACAAACAUAUGGAAUGUUCCAGCAAAGUGACAAUUUGGUUGAACUUGAUACAAAGGUCAAACUAGAGGAAAGUGGUUCAGCUGCAUGCUUUAGCAAUACUACCACAUAUAUGCAAACUGGGCCCCUGGAGUCAGCUGUAUCUGAUGGAACUUCUUAUCCUGAACAGUGUCAAUCUACUUCUCAAACAUUUGGUUUAUUUUAUGAUGCAGCGUCACAGUGGCAAAAUAUUUCGAGUUCUGGAUUGCCUUUACUGGGUUAUGACAAAAACAUUAGUGAGCCCAGUUCAAUAAUUAACCUGGGGGGAAAUGGUAAAGGUCAUCUGCUGCUCUCAAGUGACAGUGCUUUAGUACAGCAACAACAGAGUGUUGCUAAUGAUACUAGAUUGGAAAUAACCGACAAUGUUGCUAACUCAUAUCUAGAGUUCACUACUAGCUUGGAUGGCCAAUCUUGUCCCAUAGGGGCUUCUGCAUGUCAUGAUGAAGAAAUGGCAGACAAAAUAGUACAGACAGCAGAACCGGACAUGGUUGUAAAUUGCCCCUUUGGAGUACAUAGUUCAAACCAUGAUGGACAUUCAGACAUGCAGCUACUCAUUACACAGCCUGCUCUGGUUCAAGAGCCUAUUCUGAGUUUGUCCAAGGGCCCCAACUUAUCAUGUAUUGAAGGAACAGAGCUUAAGAAUGUUGAGCUAACAUCAAUAUGCAGUACCACCCAGAAUCACCUGGGGCUUAAUAAAUCUGAAUGCUAUGGCAUCCUCCACUCCAAGUCUUUUGAACAAAAUGCUCCUGAGAAUAUUAAAAUGGACAUAUACCAUUGUGAUGAUUAUAGCCAGAUUGUUGGUCCUCAGAAGAGUACCAUUCUCUCAGCGAGCAAACAUUCACGCUCAAGUGUUCUGCCCCUUAUCAAGUUUGAUGGCAAGGUGGUUUCACAGCAGAAAAAACGGAAAAGGGCAACAGAAAAUCUUUUAGCAUGGCAUGCACAGGUCAUGGUUGGGUGUGGGAGCAUGCGUCAUAGAAGAACAUCGGAGUUGGAUUGGGCUCAUGCUACCAAAAGAUUGGCCGAGAAGGUAGAUGGUGGGAAUACAACAAUGGAAAGAAGCAGCUUUGGGACUCGAGCUCGGAAAAGACUUAUUUUGACAACUAGCCUGGUCCAGUACAUCCUUCCUGUUGUGCCAGCUAGACUGCUUGCGGCAAACAUGACUAAUUCUGGUGAAAGCAUUGUAUACCACCUUUCAAAACUGGCACUCAGUGAAGCAUGUGAUGCUGUCCUAUCUUUUGUGAAUGAUGACAUGCUACUAAACCAGACAAGCUCUUCUGGAAAGGAAGAUUCUAAAGUCCUACCGAGAGUUCUGGAAACCUUCAAGUCAAGGUUUGGCGAGCUGGAAUGUUCCUUAUCAGGCGCUGAGAAGGUGACCACGUUACAUGAUCUGGCGACUGAGCUACAGGACUUGGAGCGGUGGCAUAUUGUCCAUCAUCUUGCGAGGUGGCAUGGAUACACUCGAAUGCAUGCGGGUGAUACCUCUGAUUCCGGGCUUGGCCCCUACACAGCAACUGUCAAGAAACAUGAUGGAGCCGCUGCAGCACCAGUACACUUGCUGAGUGGCAUCAAGUGUCGCUUACUGAACUAGAGCCUAGAGCAGUUCAGUGACUACUAACAAGUCCUCCCCUGUUUUGCCAAGUUUUCAGCCGCUGCGCUUCGCCGCAGUAGUUUAGGGCUGCUUAGGAAUAUGUAACCAUAGAAUGUACUGCCGUCCUUGUUGCCUUAGGAAAAAAAUUAGACGCAACUUGUGGGUUGAAACGUAGGAUUAUGGUGAUGUAAUGAGAUGUAGGAGCACGGUGAUGACGUCAUUUUGCAAAUGUAGCUAUGAUAUGCUUUCGAAAGAGGCUAAUAUUACUCGCGGGGCCGCUAACUGUCUGUAACUUGCAGA